GAAAUGAAGACAUCAGUGAUAACGGAGCUCUUCACUCAGCCAACUCCACCCCUAACCCAGCUGUGGCUGAACAACAAUCCUCCCCACCCAACCCACAGCCUCCUUCCGAGGAACAGCCCCCAAAACCCAAACUGGAAGGGGUCCUGGUGAACCAUAACGAGCCCCGGUCCAGCUCCAGGAUUGGGCUACGGGUGCAUUUCAACCUGCCUGAAGAUGAUAAAGAGAGUGAGGCGUCUUCCUGCGGGAGCCACACGAGGCCGAAUUCCUUCCCUGAGAGGUUCAAUGGACAGGAACCCCGAAUCCCAGAGCCUUCCUCCCCUGUCAAAGAGCCGCCUCCAGUCCUGGCCAAACCCAAACUCGACUCCAGCCAGUUACAACAGCUCCAUAACCAAGUGCUGCUGGAGCAGCAGCAGCUGCAAAGCACCUCCCCUUCGUCGCCCGCGGAGUCUCCUUUCAACGCCAGCGCCUUGAACUCGGCUUCCCCGGCAGUGACCAUUUCCAGCAAGCAGGUGAAGGGUCCUGUGCCGCAGACGUUCAACUUGGCCCGGCCAAAGCAUUUCUUCCCCGCCUCGAGCGCCUCCGCGGCAGCCGCGUCCCCCUCCAGCUCCCCCGUGUUCACCCUGAGUAAUACUCCUCAAACAAUUCAGAGGACAGUGAGCAAAGAGAGCCUCCUGCUGUCUGCCCCCGCCACCCAAGGCAGAUCUCCCGGCAGGCUCUCCAUCCAGAGCGAGCCGGCUCCUCCAGGCCCAGCGGAGCCAGCCUCAUAUCCUAGCCCCAGCGGAAACCAGUUUCAGCCUCACUGCGUGUCCCCAACUCCUGUCUCUCCUACCGGUCGGAUUCAGAACCCAGUGGCUUUCCUCAGCUCUGUCCUGCCUUCUCUCCCAUCCAUUCCACCCACCAAUGCCAUGGGGCUGCCUAAAAGUGCACCAUCCGUGCCGCCCCAGGGUCUGAGUAAGAAAACCGCGAAGGCCCAAGCUGUGAGUGACGAUUACAUCCGGGAGACUAAGAAUUCGGUGAUCCUAGACUUGGGGAAGAAAGUGAAUUUCGGUGACAUCAGAUCACACCAGCAG